AAAAUAAUGUAUAUUCGCAUUAGUCAACGCCCGUUGAAAACGACGCCAAUUGAAUUCGGAAAUAGCGAAACGCUUAAACGAUGUUCAUCUCUGCGCGUUUUGAAAUUUGAAUGAUUCAACCUGCAAAACCCUAAACCCUUUCUCUCUCUGCAUAAGCACAGUCACAUAGAUGAGGAAGAAGCUUCUGUUCGCAACCACUAAAGGCCUCUCCUUUCGCUCCAAUCGCAACUUCACUCCCAAAUCCAAUCACUUAUUCUAUGAGGUAUGCUAUUCUGCUGAUCCGCCGAAAUUCCAGCAGCGUGGAUGGUCACAUGCUGCUUCUGUCCCUUCUGAGGAACCAGAAGCCCCAAAAGGCCAAAAAAGGGUUCCAAGACAUCAAAGGAGAGCUAUGGUGGAGUCUUUCGUGAACAAGUAUAGAGCAGAGAAUGCUGGGAAAUUCCCAAAAAUAUCAGAUACCCAGAAACAAGUUGGUGGCAGUUAUUAUGUUAUCCGGGAAAUCGUUCUGGAGCUAGAAUAUGAGUCUAAAAUGAAUUCUUCAAACAGUGUGGAUAAGUUUUUUGUGGGAAAGAAAUUUGAUGAGAGUAAACUACUUACCACUGAACCUGUGAAUGUUCCAUCUGGUAAUAUUGAGAUUGCAAAAGAAAGCCCUGUCAAAGAUGAUUCUCAAUCGGUAGUUUUAGAUGACAAGGAGAGUGUUAACACUGGAUAUGAUCAUCUUGAAGAAAAGAGAGAGCCACAGACUUCCUAUUUGGAGAGGAGGUUGUCUGACAAACUUGAAAUUAUGUCUACACCAAGUAAUCAUUGUAUUGCACCUGAAAGUAAUAUUGUGGAAAAGUUUUCUAAGGAGCCUUACCCAUCAAGUCUCGAUAUGCCAAAUGAUAUUAAGAGUGAGGAAGCUGUCUCUACUUAUUCUGAUUCUUUUGCACCUGAACAUUCUCAAGAGGAAAGAGAACAUUCUCCUUUGUUUAGUGAAAAUGAUGGUACUGGUUAUGACAAAGCUCAGGGCCGUGAAUAUGAUUUUGUUCGUGUGGAAGAUCAUCAAAAAGUGGAGGAAAAAUGCAUUAAAAAAGCAGAUUGUGAGAUAAGGGAGCAACCUGACUUGGAAGACCUAUCUAGAGAGCUUUUGCAUUCAAGUCUCAAGGUGCCAAAUGAUGUGAAGAGCAAGGAGGCUGUAUCUAAUUCUUCUGAUUCUGCUACUCAAGAAAGGCACCCACUAAAAGAAGAAAUAGACCGAUUAUCUGCUCCUUUUAUUGAAAAAUCUGUAAGUAGUUGCAGUGAAGGUCAGACCCAUGAUUCCAAGUUUGUUGAUAUGGAAAAACAUUCAGCAUUUGAGAAAGGAUAUGCAAUAAAAGACCAAGAUACUGUGGAUGGUCUAAAGCAUAAAAUAGGGCAAUCUCAUAGGUCUUUAGAGUUGGAUGAGUCCAAAAUGGACAGCUCUAAUAAAAGGGAGACCAGUGUUGCAGUGGGUGCACAGAAAUCAACUUUGUGGGAAAAUAUGAAGUCAUUUGCCACUGGCAUCUUAAAUAUCUGGAAAAAGUCAUGAAGGUUUAUGAAGGUGUAUGGUGCAACUUGUAAGAACCCCAAUCUUACUUUGCAACACCGGCAGAUGGUAUGUAUAGGAUUCAUGAUGUUCCUGGCUCUUUUUGACCUGUUAGUAGCGGGCAUGGUCGUGCAAAUUCUAUUCUCUUUUCUUGCUAUCCUUCAACAUUCCCAAAGGUUUUGCCGCCAAGUUUCUUAUAUGAUCCAGCUGGCUGCUCAUUUUAAAUGCAAGACAUUUGCAUGAGUUUCUAGCUCCUCUAUUCCAUUGGCCCCAUCAAGGGGGAAAUCAGUACUUCAAUUCCUAAUCCAGUAAGUUAGCUUCCCAUUGUAAAUGAAUUUCAUAUGGUGCGAAUAAUAGGAAACAAAAUGCAUGAUUUUGCAAUUUACUCCCCUAUGCAAAUUGUGUUUAUGGAUUGUAUGUUCAUAUAUGAAUUUGAGGAGCAGAGAGUGGAGGGGUGAAAUGGUGCGAAAGAUGUGGAGGCUUUUGCAUUUUGGAUAGCAUUCGAAGAAUAACCAACUUGAGAAUAAUUGGUUUUCAAGGACUGCAGUUUUUUCUCAUGCAUAAUAAGACUCAUAAGUUGAAGAAAUUGGUAGGGUUUUUGAAAUUA